GCCCCUACAGUGCUCAGCGUUGUUUAGGGACAUUAGGAAGAUGGCGGCUGCCCCGCUCUACUGUGUCUGCCGGCAGCCCUAUGAUGUUAACCGGUUUAUGAUCGAAUGCGACAUUUGUAAAGACUGGUUCCACGGCAGUUGUGUUCAGGUAGUGGAGCACCAUGCUGCUGAUAUCGAUGUCUAUCACUGUCCCAACUGUGAGCCCAUCCACGGACCCUCCAUGAUGAAAAAGCGUAACAACUGGCACAGGCAUGACUACACGGAGCCAAAUGAUGGCACACGCCCCGUGCAGGCAGGAACUGCUGUGUUUGUACAGCAACUCCAGGCCAGGAGCUUUGCCAGUGGCGAUGAGGUUCUGGUGCCGAUGCAUGGGAGCCAGGUUACCCAACGUUACCUGGAGAGGGAGGGCUUCAAUUAUCCCAUAGCGGUCCAUGACCUGGAUGGACUGGGGCUUAAACUGCCUCCUCCCUCAUUCUCUGUCAGCGAUGUGGAGCAUUACGUGGGUGCAAAUAAAGUAAUUGAUGUGAUUGAUGUUGCAAGACAAGCAGACAGCAAGCUCAAGCUGGGAGAGUUUGUGAAAUAUUACUACCAACCUGAACGACCAAAAGUGUUAAAUCUCAUCAGCCUGGAGUUCUCUGAUACAAAGAUGGCCAAUUUGGUGGAGGUUCCUGAAAUUGCCCAGAAGAUGUCCUGGGUGGAGAACUACUGGCCUGAUGACUCGUUCUUCCCCAAACCAUUUGUGCAGAAGUAUUGUCUCAUGGGAAUGAAAAACAGUUACACAGACUUCCACAUCGAUUUUGGAGGAACUUCAGUGUGGUAUCAUGUCCUCUGGGGAGAGAAGAUUUUCUACUUGAUCAAGCCUACCAAGGCUAACCUUGCACUAUAUGAGUCCUGGAGCUCAUCGCCCAGUCAGAGCGAAGUAUUCUUUGGGGACAAAGUCGACAAGUGUUACAAAUGUGUGGUCAAGCAGGGAACUACCAUCUUCCUCCCCACAGGUUGGAUCCAUGCAGUGCUCACUUCUCAGGACUCCAUGGCGUUUGGUGGGAACUUCUUGCAUAACUUAAACAUAGGCAUGCAGCUCAGGUGUUAUGAGAUGGAACGCAGACUGAAGACUCCAGAUCUCUUUAAGUUCCCAUACUUUGAGGCCAUCUGUUGGUAUGUGGGCAAAAAUCUUCUGGAGACCCUUAAAGAGCUGCGGGAGGAUAAAUGUCAACCUCAGGGUUAUUUGGUGGACGGGGUGAAAGCUUUAAUCUCAUCACUGAAGACAUGGCUGAGGAGGGAGUUGACUCAACCCAACAGUGAGGUUCCAGACAAUAUCAGGCCAAGCCGCCUCAUUAAAGCUCUGACCAAGGAGAUCCGCUACCUGGAGGAUGAAUCGAAUAAAGCUGGAAAAUCUCAGGGAAGUGCUGAGUGCUCUUUAACGCGCUCAUCACUGGAGAAGGGAUAUCAGGCACAGCGGGCCGCUCGGCGGCUGGGAGAACAUCAUCAUCGACACCACCAUCACCACAGCCGCAAACUGCCCUCAAACUUGGAUGUCCUGGAGCUUCAUACGCUGGAAGUAUUAAAGAGACUAGAGGUCGGACCUCUUGAGGAGGACCCAGCCUUCAGCUCCAAAGUGAAUGGCAAGUUCAAGAAAGUGUCUUCGGUGUCUGCAGUGGCUAUUGAGGGUACUCAUGACAAUGCCCUGCGCCUGGUGAUGUGUAAUGGCAAAAUUAUGCGGGAGAGGUUACCUAUCAGCAAUGUGGCAGCCAAAAUCAACGGAGUGGAAAUGUUGCAGUGCCAUCAACAUGGGAUCAAAUUGGAAAGAAUGUCGAUGUGCCAACAAGAAAAAGUGAAAAAAGAAAAGCGAGAGGAUGAAUUUAGAGUACGCUGCACUAUCAAGAAACCAGUCAAUCACGGACUAACUGUGCAGACAGAACUCGGGACAGAGUCGCCACAUGUAGCGUCUUCAGACAGUGACUCGGAGUCAGAAGCAGAAGAUUCUGCUGAGAAACACUCCGAGUCAGAGAGUUCUGAGGAAGAGGAUGGAGGAAGCAAGAGAGACUCAGGGAGUUUUGUGGAGCAUCUAAGCAGCCGGCAUCAUGGCCACCACAAGCAAGCUCUAAAACGAGAACGUCCUACCUCACCGAGCACAGAUAAUGCCAUUCAGGGCAUGCUGUCCAUGGCGGGGCUGCUGUGUCAGCAGGCGUCAGCAGGGGGUGAUAUUUUACAGCAGCACUGGUGGUCCAGUCAGGGUAACAGUAAUAGCAACAGCAGCAGUGAUGCUUGGGACAGCAGUGAACCCUGUUCGGCACCCCGCAGCCCGGAGGAAGAGGAUGGGAGUCCCAGAGACGAAUAUUCAUAUAGAGAGAGCUCACUUUCUCCUCCCCUCCACCCCUCCAAAAGACACGCCCCCAACCCAACACCCAUCAGCAACCAGGCCACUAAAGGAAAACGUCCUAAGAAAGGACAGGUGACGGCGAAACAGAGGCUUGGGAAGAUAUUGAAAAUGAGCCAUCAUAAAGGCUUAUUCCUGUAGCAUGAUGGAGGAACAAAUGAGACGUGUAAUAAAUCAACACAGCUGCUUUUCUUUAUACGCUGGGACUAUUAUCACACUCACACACACACACAUAGUUCUCUUACUCACUGUGCAUGUUUAGGUGACAGGGUAUGUUUAGUGGCUCACUUUUUUUCUUCACCAAUCACACACAACACGUUAUCCAUCAGCGCAGGGAAACGGCUUUACUUCGGACAACUUUUUAACAUCAACUGCUAAAGGUUUCAAGAGGAAGCACAGAAACGGAUGGGCAGCGUUUGUUCCUACAGCCAGGAAAACGAGCCGCAAGUGUGUAUCACGGGCUGAGGCCUCUCCUCUCCCUCACCCUACCUCUUACCACAUCUGUAGCAUGAGUGUCAAGGCCUAGCCCUCCACGGCCCGACACUGGGACUGUUCCAUUGGUCUUCGGAUUCCCCUCAAGUCAUUAUCAAUCUGCCUAGUUCUCUCUCUCCUUUGAUUGUCUCAGGCUGAUGUAUGAGCUUUUGAAAUGGUGCUGAACAUUUAUAAAUCCUUCCCAGUCCCCUCUGCCCCCUUUUAAGCAAUAAUUGUACAGCAAUGAGUGAUGUAUUGAUUUAGUGGGCUGCACUUUCAGGAUACACAGGAAGUCUUCUCAUGGCGGGAAGUAUUGGUCUGUACAGUACAACCAUCAAAGAGUGGCAAGGAUAGAACAUGAUUUUCCUUGAUUUGACAGUGUUUAUACUAUAUUUAUUGUCUUAUGGACUUUUUAUAGGGAACUCUGGGUAUGAAUGGCUUAAUAUAACGUAAAUUAAGUCCAUUACUGAAACACGUAGUCGGAAGCCCAUGAAAGAAUUGCGUUAUUUAAAAAGUCCACAUCGUUUUAUACAUAUUUUAGACUAUGGGGCCGCCAUUAUGAUAUGAAAUGAUUGCAUUCUGAGCUACUGAUGCUACCUGUUGCUAUUUUUACCUCAGCACAACUCGGAAAAUAAAAUACUCAUACGUGACCACAGCUACUGAAAGAGCUUACAGGUGGCAAUGGAUGUAUUUUUAGGCUUAAACUAAAUGUUGUACCUUCGUUUUUACUCGCAAGGAGUCUAAACGCCCCGGAUGUCGAGUGAAAUCCGCACUGAGAAACUCUUUCAUUAGCUGCAGCGUCAUGUUAAUAUUAUGCCAGAAUGGCAUCUAGCGUUUCUUGUCUCUGCCAUUUGUAAGCUUUUUCAGUAGCUGUGGUCUACUAAAAGCCUCAAAGACAUCGGGGCUUAAGUACAGAGAACAAAGACGUGGAUGUUUAGGAAGUUUUGUUCGUCCACAGGCAUCUUCCCAUUCUUUUCUCCUCUUCUUAUCACUAGGAAAAGCAGAGACGACUUGCAUCGCUUCUCUUGUUGCCCGUCGACAGAAAAUUACAACCAAAAGCCACACAAUGUGGCAUUGUAUCAGUAUUUAAUUUUCAAAGUUGUGCUGUGGUAAAAAUAGCAACAGCAGCCUUUUCACGUCAAUGAAAUAAUGGUGCCCCCAUAGUCGCAAAAUAUGUAUAAAACGAUGCGAAUUUUUUAAAUGACGUGUCUUUCGUGGGUUUCUUCUACAUGUUUCCGUAAGAGACAUCAUUUACUUUAUAUUAAGUGGGGUUCCCUUUAAAGGAAUAUGCUAAGGUAUUUUUUUUUAU